AGGUUCAUCUGCAGCUCAUUAUCUACGUCAAUCGUUGGUGAUACGUCAAGGUCAAGACCGGGGGAACGCCUAAAUCUUCACAGAGAAGCCAAGAACUUUCUGAAUUAUAUCCUUAUCCGUGAGCUGCACUAUAGAUACUAUAAAUAUUUAUCGUCCUGCUCUUCGUCUGCAGCAUCUAUCGCCCGCACCAAGCAAAAAGAUGUCCGCGUUUCUGCAUCCAUCAAAUUCUGCUUUCAGUCCAAUUUUCGGCGGCCAAUAUUGGACGGAGAUCGCUUUGAUUCUCUUCGGGUGUGGAUCACUUGUCUUUGUUACGACAGUGCUCAUCUAUUCCUGUAUCGGGAUUCAUGGGACCGACAAAUCCCUGAAGCAUCUGAAAGCGGAAGCUGCUGCGAAAGACGAGGAGUGUUAAGGCUAGAAGAAAUCCAUCCUCACAGGCAUUUUGGUCCCGUUUCUCAAGGGAAAAAAGACGGAAGAUGCCGCUCAAAAUGGGGGAUUUCUUCUAGCUCUAAGAGUGGAAGAAAAGUGAUUACUUUCUUCAACAGACUUCUUUCUUCAUCCUUGAUGUAGUCCUCUGCUCACUGUAUCUCUUUUAUGUUAUUCUAGUAAGGAUCUACAACUCUAGGACUCGUCUAUUUGGUGUUUUCUUCUGUAGGACUCGAUUUUUUGAUUUUACAUACAGUCGAAGCGCACUACCUGGAUCGGCUAGCUGGUUUGCAACAACAGUUGCAUGAAGGACUAGCAAAAAUGGAAUCGCAGGUGGAGAGUAUGCAAAAAGAAGUGAGCGACACAUCGAAAGAGUAUCGCGCCUACUUUUCCGACUUUGCCGGUCAAGUCGGCAUAGAAGUGGCGAAACAGUUUAGUGCUGUCGAAAUUUAUGGCUCGUCUCGAUCCCUCAUGUCUUCCGUAGCGCAGCUUCCAUUUGACGUCAUGAUCCUUGAAAACAAAGAAUAGUCAAUGAACGCACUGCAUGAUCUGCAUAUGCAUUGGAUAAUUAAAAAAACUGAAUGCAGUCAGUAAAAGAUAAUGAUACAACACUUCAAGAUCGUGGAUGCACAUCCACAUGCAGCUGCAAACGAUUAUGACCCCGAUAAAGAAGACUAAUAAAAGAUCAUGAGUAGUGGCGGAGACUUCUCCUAAGAAAUCGAACCCCCCCUAGAAAAAUCUAGAAUCCCAUGAAACCGAUGACACCAAUAAAAUCCCCGAUGCAGCUCCCCCCUAACUUCAUGCAAUUCCGCACUAAAAGACUUGAACUAUUUGACUUGUAUGAACCUCAAGACCUUACAGGCUUAGGGGUUUAAGCUUUUGCAUUUGUAUACUGACACUCCGAUCAUUAGGAUCGAUCGACGCGGAGCAGUAUCCAAGCCGCUGCCUUAUUGCGUUCGUAUAUUCUAAUACUUCCUCUAAGAAAUCGAGCCCCGCCUAGAAAAAUUUAGAGCAGAAACGGCACAGGACUACGAGCGUGUGGGGUCUGAGGCUUUUGAACGUUACACUGCCUCGCAGCAGGAACUCUAUCAGUUCGCGAAUGGGGAACUGCAAGCUCUAGUCCAGGAAGGAAAGAGCCAUGCUGCGGAAUGGCAGAAAAAUUAAGGCCUUAAAAAGGCGAAGACACUCACUACAAUAUAUAAACAUCUGUAGGAGGUCUAGUUAAGGCUCAACUUUCAAUGGUCAUUGGAGUUGGUCACUGAGAUCGAAGAGGCGACCCCUUGAGGAAAGAUGGGGGGAAAACGAAGGGAAAGGGGAGAGUUUUGAAGGGGGUCCCUUCCGUUCAGAGUCAUGAUGAGCAUUGAAGGCUGAGCUUUAAUCUAGGAUAAGAAGGAUAAGAAGAUGCUCUGUAGACCCUUCCCCUAGAGCAAAUUUUUGAGUGGGUUUACUAAGAAGAUGCUCUGUAGACCCUUCCCCUAGAGCAAAUUUUUGACUUUACCCUGGAUUGGGUUUAGUGAGUGUCUAGCUUUAAGAAAAGCAGAAAUCGUGCCAGAAAGAUUAUUCCAACUACCUCGAAACCGAAAAAAACAUUAAGGCCGUUUGUUGAUUUAAGUAUAUUUCUAGUAGUUCUAUCUUUUCAUCCAAAGGUUGUUACAUUUAUAUUUUUCGAGUUUCUUUCGUAGGAUUACUUUGAGCUUCCUCGUCGUCUAAUGAAUAGGUUACCGUAACCUUAACUACUACGACUACUGUCUCUCAACAUGGUGCCACUCUUGUAUAGCAUUAUGGUAUGCAUCUAUGUGUGAGGCCGUUCAGUGAAGUAGUACCUUCUGAGAAGAGCUACUCGAAAACUGAAAAUAACCGAGUGCGAGUUACUGACUGAAAUAUGGGAGGUAGCUUAACGUCAAGGCUGCUCUUCCAUCUCGUCAGUAUCUAGGUUAUUCUGAUCCGUAACUCGCUUAUUUUUUCAGUUUUUCGAGUACAUCACUAGCACGAGGACUACUACUACUGCUACCACUAGCUCACAAUGAAAUAGAGGGGCGUCAGGCACUCUCAUAGUUACCUCCACCCCCGCAAUGCAUAUUUCCGCGCUCCUCUCUUAACGGACACCAUUUUUCUGAACUGUGUACUUGGACCUCCUUCGGGAGUCAUCCGUUAAAAUUGGAACGAUACAGAGAAGAUUAGCAUGGCCCCUGCGCAAGGAUGACACGCAUAAAUCGAGAAGUGUAAACAAUUUUUUUUGAAUUUUUUUACCUCAUCCGCCUCCUUUUCUAAGAACCAAACAUAUAGUGAGAUACAGCAUGUUCUCAAGCAGCAGAUGGAGGAUUACGGCCAAUCUUUGAAGAAAGCUGGCUCACAACAGGUGAAUGCGGUUGAAAAACUCGGCAAGGCAAAGGUGAGUGAGGUGAACAAAGCCUUUUACGAAACUGGAAGAUGAACGAAAGUAAAAGAACAACUUUUUCCCCCCAUAAUUGCAACCAAACUUUUUCCCCCACUCCCCUCCAUCGGAACUUACCCCCAGAAUGCGGAGAUUAUUAUCAUUAUUAUGUCUCCUGACAAGGAAAGAGAAACACAUGAUCUCACAUCAGUACUAGUAGUAUCAGUAAAAUAAUGAAUAGAAGAAUAGUUUUAGUUUAGUUCUUGUGGUCGUCACAUGUAUCAGGCUCUAUGUAUGCAUGACUAGUGAUCCUGUAGGAGGAGGAUCUACUGCUAGAGAUGCAGUUCUGUACUUUCUACCCCGAUUCUCUAAUGUAACGAAAAGAAGAAAAACGAGGUGAUCAACAACGUCGAAAGCACAUCCAAGUCGACGAUAGAGAAGGUAAAGAAGAGCGGAGAGACAACUAUCGCGAACGUGAAAGCGAGUUUAUGAUGAAUGGUUUGACGAUGUAGUUUCGUCUGAGCCUUGCCGAAGGUAUAGAACGACCUUUUGCGACAUAAUGAUGAUGAUAGUUGAAAUAGUAGAAGAACUUCGACUUUCUAUAGUCAGGGAGGCGAGGGCAGGAGCAGGAUUCAUAACAUUUUCAUGGCUACUAGUGAAGUUACAGAUGUUGAGAAGAAAGAUAUCGUCCAAUGACCGUCGCAGAAAAUGCUUCGUCUUGCCGAUGACUGAUGUGUAAAGUCAAAGUCAUUUAAAAGAACGUAACGAAUGAAUGUCCUCUAAUGAGAGCUGCUCAGCUUCAGAAGGGUUUCGAUGCAACGAGUCGCGAGCUUCGACAAGAUUGCAAGAACGCCGUCGCCGAGUGCAAGAACGUGGCAAAAGGAGCUACGAAUGCGGUGGCUGAGGUAUUUAUAACGAGGAGUUGUAAGUAUUUAGAACGAGGAGAGUUGUUAAUCAAGAUUCAAUGUUGGAUAUCAAGAUAAUGCUGUUAAUCAAGAUUUAAUGUUGGGUUGUAACAAUAUUCAAAUAAUCAAGAUAAUGUUGUUAAUCAAGAUUUAAUGUUGGAUAUUUUUUCGGCCAGUGUGUUGUAUAUCCACUUCAAGCACAGGGCUAAUAAUGAAGCAUACAAACUUAUUACUAUUUUUUAGGCCAGUCAGUUUCAGUAUGUUGGUAGCCUAGAUCUAGAAGUUGUACAAGAACCUUCACGGUGGAUUCCGUUCUUGGGCACGAAAUCGAAAUCUCCACGUUCCAGGUAAAAAUGACGCUGACCAAAAGAUUGGACGAGACCGACUGGUGGGUCCGCAACAAUGACACUGAUGCCAAGAAAAAAGUCACGGACCUGAAGAAGGGCUUAGAGACUAGGAUUCGAAAACUGGAGAACGGUUAUUAAGCAAUCAUGGCAUGAAGACUCGCGAGUAGAAGAAGUGGCUUUGAAGAAGUGGCUUUGAAGAAGUGGCUUAGAAGAAGUGGCUUCACUUGUGGCCUUGUGGCUUCACUUGUGGUUUAACC